AUGGUGGUGCUGCCCUCGGUAACAUCAAGCCUCACCACGGGAACCACCUGCAAUCUUUCGCAGCCCGCCGAAUCGACGAAUUCCAUUUCAACAACUGCGACAGCAGUAAAUACGGUGGCAACGACGAUGACUGCUCCCCUCGUCCCUCCACUUGACACUACAGGAAUCACUGCGACCGCUGCAGCCCACGUCUGCGUGCCUUCCCUCAACCUCCCUCCGAAAAUACCCUCUGACUCCUUCCACUCAAUUUCGGAGCUUCCUAAGUCGAUCAUCCUCUCCGCCACUUCGGGCACUUCGCUUGAUCCUCUGGUCACUCCCACCUUCGACUUCUCGCGUGUUAAAUCCAGCCAGACCCAGCAGCAGCAGACACAAGGCAGCUCUGCGUCCGCUACAGCUCCCUUCAACUUCCAACUCCUCCACACUCCAUCUGGCGCCAGUCCAACAAUGCUUUCUCAGGUCGUAACUGAGGCUCACAAUACCCUUCAGUCUCCAGCCGCCAUCGGCCAAACGGGUUCUCAUAUAUUCGACUACUCGCACUUUUUGGGUGAUAUCUCGAACACUGCAACUUCUAUCUUCUCACCUGCGAUCAUUCUAAACACUCAGGCACUCCUCUCUCCUUCGGCGAUGGAUUGCGACGGACAGAGAGCUGGUGCUAGUGGUGCCUCUACAACGAUGACCUUUCCGUCCUUCCUCAACACUCCUGGCUCCUCGCCGAUAAUAUCUUUUUGGUGUUCGAGCCCUGGUGCAAAAGGCGGACAAAAUUUUUUCUGCACUCCAUUCGGAACCGGACAGGAGGCCAAUACCACCGCGACCGCCGGGGCGCCUAUCCUCUUUCCUACAAAUGCCUUCCUUUCCUCUCCCAAUUCGGCCGACAGUCUUCAUCAACAGCAAUCCCUUGAAUCCGCUGCUGGGCUUCCUCCCGCAAGUCAGGUCUUGAAUCUCACCAAGUCUAGCGUCUCGGAACCUGUUCCCUCCAUUGCCAACACUCACACCACAAUGCUUAUGGACCCACCCAAAGUUUCAUCAAAAAAGUCUACCCCAAGGCAUACCUCUAGUCGACGAACCCCCAAGUGGACGAGGGGCUCUGUAGGUAGCGGCAAAAGUGGCAAAACGACACCGGAAGGAGCUGAGAAGCCACACAAGUGCCCGGAUUGUCCAAAAUCAUUCUCACGUUCAGACGAGUUGACUAGGCAUCGACGAAUACAUACGGGCGCUAAGCCUUUCCAGUGCACCACUUGUCACCGAUAUUUCUCGCGAUCCGAUCACUUGACCACACAUCGUCGUACCCACACAGGUGAGAAACCCUUCGCCUGUGAACACUGUGACCACAAAUUCGCGCGGUCGGAUGAAAUGAAGCGACACGCAAAAACGCAUGAGAAACAGGCGAAUCAGGCUCUCGUGGGGAAGGCUUCUCACAGCACUGCUUCUGUUGUUCCACGCAAGAAGCAGCGAGCUGGUCCACAGAGCCUUGGGAAUGGUCGGCAACAGGCAGUGACUGCACCCUCACAGUCCCAGCCAUUCAUCUUUCUAAAUGGUGAUGACUUCGGCAGCACUGCUCAAAGCUUUCAGCUCGCUCCAGCGGUAAGUGGUGAUUGCGGUGGUGUUGGUGACAAAUCGAGUGAUUUUGACCUCCUUCAGCCGAUAAAUUGCACAGCAACUGCUGUUGGUGGUGGUGCUUCGCUUUCAAGGCCAGGCCCGUCAAAUAACCAACCGUCAGCACUGGAAUAUCCGGCGCAGAUCCAUUCGACCUCCCUGCCACAGCAACACUCGCCACCCAUAUAG